ACAGCAGAUUAUUAUGGAUUAACGAAUUAUUCAUUAGUUAUAUUCAUUAUUUGUCAAUAUAGCGUAAACAACACACAAGGUAAAAUGUCACUAACACCAAUUUACUUAGAAUUACGUCGUAAGCUUAAUACAAUUCACGCACCUACUCGUAUAUCCCUGGACUGGUAAUUUGAAUUUCAUUCUAAAAUUUGAUAUACUUGCAUGCAGUGCAUCGAGCUACCCAGACAUUAAAUUCUAUAAGGAUAUUCAACUUGUUCAACCACAAUGGCAAACGAAGUAAGAAAAACUAAAAGUGGCCACACCAACCAUUGGCACCAAACAAAAGCGAAGGCUGUGGCUUUGGGUUUUUUUUGUCGGCACGUGUCAGAUAAAUCGAAGCAACGUGAAGUGCUUACAAGUUUUAUGGAAAAGAUGAAGAAUCGGAUGAAGAACGACAAAGAUGAACUAUCCAGAAAGUUGCAGGAGUAUACAAUCAAUGAGUGUCCUAGUCUACACACAAUAAGACCGAAAUCUCCUCCCCAAUCUACCCGUAAAAUACCGUACCCGGACGUUCCAACCUACGUGAAGGGCGCUGGAAAAAAAAAAGUUGGGUUUAAGAUUUUUCCCCCGAAAUUGAAAAUUUGA